UCAGACAUUUCAAAAAAAUUUCCUUCUCCGUCGUUUUAUUCAGCCUGCCAAUUUUGGUGCUCACAGUCCGAUCCCACCAAACUUGAUUUCCAUCUCAUCCCCGCUUUGCUUUUCUCUCUCUAAAUUGUUUCUUCCUGCUUUAUUUCUCUAUUAUAUGUAUCUAUAUAUACGUAUAAAUAUAUCUAUAUAACGAGGAUUGACUGAUUGUCUAUUGUGUUGACAGCAAGAUCUGGGUGAUCUUGCCUGGAUUUCUGGAAAUUCUCAACUGGACUGUGGUCAGCCGGUAAACAUUUGUAUGAACGGAAUGGUAGAAUGCAGUGUUUGCCGUACAAAACUGGUGUCUCCAAGUUCAAAAACUAUAGCCAGGGCAUAUGACCGGCAUAGAACUGAUGUAUCUUCAAAGACUCGAAUCCUUAACAUCCUUUUGGUUGUUGGAGACUGCAUGUUGGUUGGUCUACAGCCUAUAUUGGUGUAUAUGUCUAAAGUGGAUGGGAAAUUCAAUUUCAGUCCAAUCAGUGUUAACUUUUUAACAGAGUUAACUAAAGUUGUUUUUGCUAUUGUGAUGCUUAUUCUUCAGUCUCGACAUAAGAAAGUCGGGGAGAAAUCUCUUCUCUCUUUGUCAACACUUGUACAGGCAGCUCGAAACAAUGUGCUCCUUGCAGUUCCUGCUUUCCUUUAUGCUAUUAAUAAUUAUUUAAAGUUCACUAUGCAGCUUUACUUUAACCCAGCAACUGUGAAGAUGCUUAGCAACCUCAAGGUUUUGGUCAUCGCUGUUUUAUUGAAAAUGAUAAUGAAGCGGCGGUUUUCUAUUAUUCAGUGGGAGGCACUUGCCCUUUUGCUCAUUGGAAUUAGUGUGAACCAGCUGAAAUCUUUACCUGAGGGCCCUACCGCUUUUGGUCUUCCAAUAUCAACGGGCGCUUACUUAUAUACAUUGAUUUUUGUCACUGUUCCAUCACUGGCAUCUGUUUAUAACGAGUAUGCUUUGAAGAGCCAAUUUGACACAAGUAUUUACCUUCAGAACUUGUUCUUGUAUGGUUAUGGUGCCAUAUUCAACUUGCUAGCAAUUCUUGGAAUGGCUUUAUACAAUGGUCCUGGUAGCUUGGACCUGCUGCAAGGGCAUUCAAGGGCAACUGUUCUUUUAAUUUGCAAUAAUGCAGCCCAAGGAAUAUUGUCAUCAUUCUUUUUCAAAUAUGCAGAUACUAUUUUGAAGAAAUAUUCAUCAACUGUUGCCACAAUCUUCACGGGUAUAGGGUCUGCUUUGAUGUUUGGUCAUAAGCUUACUAUGAACUUCAUCCUAGGAAUAUCUAUUGUUUUCAUAUCCAUGCAUCAGUUCUUUUCACCUCUUUCCAAGGCUAAAGAAGAGCCACAAAAUGGCAGCUUGGAAAUGAUAGACAGUCAGAACAACCAGAGGACAAAGGAAGCACGGUUUCUAAAUAUGGCAGCUGGGGCAAAUGAAGAUGCUAGUCAUCGGGUUGAGUAUGAGGAGAAAGCACCGCUUCUUCCACUAUAGGGCUGGAAUGGAGUAUGCAUUGGUUUUGUUAGUCACAUUGGAGAUUUUGAGAAGAUAACACCAGUUUUUUUUUGUUUUAGAAAAAUCAGUAGAAUGAAGUGCUAGACAAAAGUUCAUUACUUUGGGGAAGCCCUUUCUUCAGCUCGUAGGGACGGUAUCCAUGCCCGCCUUGGUUGGUUCAGGCUCCCGUGGUCACGGACAAAAAGUAUCAGGCCCUUAAGCAAUUCAGGUUUCUGCCAGACACAAUCCUAUAAUCAUAAACUGAAUAAUAUCAAUUUUUUAAUUCAUAUCCCCACUUCUUAUACGAAGAAAUUCCUUUUUCUAUGUUUAUGAGAAUACUUUGCUAUUAGUUUUCCUAUACAUGGAUACAACUACCUUGUAAUCUCUCGUGUCAAGAAAAGCAAAAUUUUUUUUUACUGUU